AUGCCCAAAAAGCUAGAACUAACUUACUUCAAUUGGGUGACAAAAACACCAAAUAUUAGGGAUCUUGAUGGUCUUUGGGUUGAGGGUGAUAUCCUUCCUAAUGCUUUUAUUAAGGCUUUUAAGCUUAGAUUUACGGCUGAGCAGGCCCCCAACCACCACUUGAUGUUUGAAUUCCUCCAAGUGAUUGAGCCUUGUGUCACCAGUUCAGAUAAUGAGAAUCUCUUGGCUCCUGUCUCAGAUUUUGAAUUAGAGUGUGCUAUUAAGAGUAUAAAGCCACUUAAAGCUCCUGGGCCUGAUGGUUUACAUGCCGACAUUAACCACACUAAUAUAGCCCUCAUUCCUGAAGUAGCCUCUCCUGAAUCUGUUAACCAUUUUAGGCUGAUUAGUUUAUGCACUGUCUCUUAUAAGGUUCUCGGGGUGCUAGUGGCUAUCAAGCUUGACCUUGAAAAGGCUUAUGAUUUGCUUGAUUGGGAGUACAUUAGAGAACAGAAAAUCAACCUGCAUAAGUCCACCGUCUAUUUUUCUGGUAAUGUCCAUUCUCAAGCUAGAAAUGCUCUAAGCAACCUCUUGCAGAUAAAACAUAAGACCACUCUAGGUCGUUACCUUGGCAUACACAAUAUUAUUUUUUGGAAUGACCUAGCUAAUUCCAAGAUGAUGACAGAUAGAAUCCGUUCCAAAUUUGCCGGUUGGAAGGCCCAAACUUUAUCUAGGGCUGGUCGUCUCACCUUAAUCAAGGCUAGUGUUUCGGGUAUCCCAAACCACAUUCUUUCCUGUUUCAAAUGCCCAAAAGAAGUUUGCAAGGAAAUGAAUUCCUGCUGUAUACGUUUCUUCUGGGGUAAUGGUUGUAAAGUCCCCCCUAUUGCCUGGAAAGACAUCUGUUUGCCUCAAAGUUUAGGGGGUCUCGGGGUCAGAUCUGCUACGCACUUUAAUAAGGCGGCUUUAGCAAAGCUAGAUUUAAUUCCAGUCUUUCUUAGAAAUAACCUCAAUUUGAAUGUUAAAGUGUUAGAUUUCAUUCAAAAUCAGGAUGAGUUAAUCUGGGUGCCCAACCCUAAUGGGAAGUUCUCUAUCAAAUCGGCCUACAAUUUACAGUUACAGGAUGAGCUAUGCCACCCUAAGGCUUCCCUGUUGAAGAAAAUGUGGAGUUUAACUCUGCCUCCCAAAGUCAAGCUUUUUUCUUGGUUACUCAUUCGGAAAAGAUUGCAAUUAAUAUUUGGAGGUGCACGUCUAUCUUCCCCAAUAUUGCUCAACAAAACUUUGAUGGCAUCGAGUGGUUGGCUUUGUUACCUCAUACUAAGGUUGCAGAUGGUCCGUGUUCUUUCAAAAGCUCUUCUUCUCAGUUGGCAGAUUUGGGAAGCCAGGAACAAUUGUAUUUUUAAAGAUAUUGCCCCCCACCCGGUAAGAGCCCUUAAUGUGGCUGGUCACAUUGGAUUGGACAACUGGAAAAUCAACUCUUGCCCUCCUCAGAAUCCUAGUGGUGUGCUUGCCAUCAACUGGAAGUCUCCACCUCUUGACUGGAUUAAAGUGAAUUUUGAUGGCUCGGUGUGCGGUAACUUGGCUGCUUCUGGUUUUGUGAUCCCUGACUGGAAUGGUAAUGUUAGAUUAGCUGGAGCUAAACACUCGGGUCAGGUGUCUAUUACAGUUGUGGAGUGUUUGGCUCUUCUGGACGGCCUGGCCUAUGCUCUCCAUAAUGGUUGGCAGAAGAUUUUUGUAGAAGGAGACUCCAAACUCAUCAUUGACUGUGUCAACAAUGUGGUAUCGGUUCCUUGGAAUAUUAGUCUCCAUGUGCAAGAUAUUAGGAUGCUAAGCACUUACUGCGAAGAGGUUUCUUUCCAGCACAUCUUUCGGGAAGCUAAUUUUACUGUUGAUGUUAUUGCUAGUUUGGGCCAUAAUCUUAAUCCUUCCUAUCUGUGGGAACAAGGUCUUCCUUUGUGUUGA